GCCGACAGGUCCCCACAAAAGGGAGGGGACUGAGAACUUAAGCCUGUCUCACCCCGAAGGGGCCUGGUUAGACCUGGCUUGAUGGGUGGGGAGGAGAGAGGGCCCGAGUCCGGUGGCUGGGGUGGUCGCUGGGAAGAGGGGCUGGAAAUAGGCUUAAAGCGGGUCUGAAAGGUGAUCCUGGGGCGGAGUCUCGGGACGGGGGCACGUGAUGGGAGGUUUGGGGUUAAGUCUUGGUGUUUGGGUUUGAGGCUUCGUAGUUCAGCGAGGUGGGAUGGAAGGGACACGCAGAAAUGGCAGCUCAGGCUUAGUCCCUUGAGAUGCGACGCAAGGAUUUUAUAACUAUCUUUAACCGGCCGUCUCCCCCUUCUCUCAAGAGGUCUAGAGUCCGUGUUCUCUGAAAUGUUUGGAAAGAAAGAAGGACCAAGGUUCUUCUGACAGCUUAGCUCUGGGGCUGCUACCAUGAGGUUAAAUGAGAACACCUUGCUGCUGGGGAAGAAGGUGGUGCUGGUACCCUACACCGCAGAGCACGUGCCUAGGUACCACGAGUGGAUGAAAUCAGAGGAGCUGCAGCGUUUGACAGCCUCUGAGCCGCUGACACUGGAGCAGGAGUAUUCGAUGCAGCGGAGUUGGCGGGAAGAUGUGGACAAGUGUACGUUCAUUGUGCUGGAUGCAGAGAAGUGGCAGGUCCGGCCGAGCACCACUGAAGACAGCUGCAUGGCGGGAGAUGUAAACCUCUUUCUCACAGAUCUAGGGGACCCCUCCUUGGGGGAGAUUGAGGUCAUGAUUGCAGAGCCCAGCUGCAGGGGCAAAGGCUUUGGCACCGAGGCUGUUCUCAUGAUGAUGUCUUAUGGAGUGACCAAACUAGGUCUGACCAAGUUUGAGGCUAAAAUUGGGCAAGGAAAUGAACCAAGUAUCCGGAUGUUCCGGAAGCUUCACUUUGAGCAGGUGGCCGUCAACAGUGUCUUCCAAGAGGUGACGCUCAGGCUGACAAUGAACGAGCAUGAGCGGCAGUGGCUUCUGGAGCAGACCAGCCACGUGGAAGAGAAGUGCUAUAUAGAUGGGUCGUCAGAGUCCCAUUGACAGACAGCUGGCCUUGGGGGCAGCCACCCUGUGUGAAUGCGGGUGCUGGGACCACGCAGUCCAAAAGACCAGAGCCCUGUAACAGAAGGUGAACUGUCGGGGCCUUUGAGGCAUAGUGCUUCUGGCCCCUCUGUAGCCUGGGAAUCCGGCCCGGACUUGCCUUGGCCUCCCUCACCCUGGCAGUGUGGAUGAGUGACUUCAGGGCCAGCCCAUCCUCCCCGCCAGCCCUGGACUCCCGGCACCUGGAGUGGACAGCACGAACCCCCAGGAGGCAGGGUGGAGGUGGGAGCAGAGGUGGAUGGGGGCCUGGUGAAUGGAAGGCCAGAGGCGCCACCCUGGGGUGGAGGCCCUGGCUAGGAGUAAAGCCUACUGCACAGCACCUUUCCUGGCUUUUCCUUGGGCCUGUGUGCUGGUGAGCCACCAGAAGGCCCAGCCUGCAGCAUCUAGUCCAGUGUGGUAGGAUCAGGGCAGGAGCUCAGUCUGCUUUUGUCGUGCGGAAGCAGGCUGAGUGUGACCCCAAGAAGUUUGGAAAUGAGCGAGCUAGGCCCUGAAUGACAGGUGGCUUGGAAAGUUAAGUGGGUGAGUAUCCUUGCCCUUGCUCCUUCUCCUCUUUGGACCCAGGAGUGUUUUGGAUACAGCUCCUCGUGGCUGGAGCACCCCUCUAUUGGUGAAGCCGGGAGCCUCUGCUUGGUUGCAAGGGCUGCAGGAAGCAGCAGAAAUCACUCAGCAGCACCUUCCUGACGGGACCUGUGACCUCCCACUCUCUGCUCCUCUGGGAGCAGCUGUGCCUGACAAAGCCACAAAGGGGCGCCAGAGGCACAGGUUUGGGGUGGCGGGGCUUCCUGGCAGAAGACACUUCAAUUCCCAACUGUCCAGUCAUCUCCGCGGUCAUUGAGAGGCCAGCCAUGUUUCAAAACGUGGUCAUGGAAGAGACCCUCGAGGGUACUCGGUAUUCUUAGGGGGGGAUACCUUCAGGUGAGUUGCAAUGAUUGGCACAAGGUAGCAGAGCCACAACUAUCACUGGGGCCCUCAGUUCCCAGCACCACCCCCCCAGUCUGGCAUAUUCCAGCACUUCCAUGCAGGUGGAAAACUAGAAUCUGACUUUGCUUGCUGAGUACAAAUGGGUUUGUAGUGUCUGGCCCCUCAGCGAUAGGAGUUCCAACCGUCAGCUUCAUCAGAGGCUUCCCCCCCACCCCAGCUUCCCCACCUAAGAGGUGAGGUGGGGGGAGUCCCCAUCCACUGCCCUGUGGAGCCGUCUUCAGGCCUGGCUUACCUGUGAGGGGCUUCCACCAGGGCUCAUAGGCUAGAGGCAAGGUUGGGAGGGGGUAGGUCAGGCCCAAGGCCAUGGGGCUGUGAAAGGGUUUGAAUGGUUUCUCUUAAGGCUGGUGGGAAUCUAAGCUCUAACUUGGCCAGAUAGCGAUCGGGCCGGGCCUUCUCUGAACGCUAGGGGCUCCCUGGGUCCUCUCUGAUUAGCGGUCUCCUUGAGCAUCAGCUUCCCUUCCUCCCCUCCAAGCACCUCUGGGCCUGGCAGCCUCAGCCCUUGUGGGUCACCCUGGCCGACUUCCAGGAUGUGGCCUCAGGUGCCAGGGCUGGGAGAGACCUGGAGCUCUUGAGGAAGACCAGGUAUUUUGCCCUUGGAAAGUCCCUUCCACCCCACCUGCCACAGAGCAUGUCCUGGACAGCUGUCCUCUAGUCAUGUCCAUGGCCAGAUUCAAUGGAGAAUCUGCUGCCAGCUCCGGCCACUCCUGGGGUCCCGCACCCCACUGGCUGUGAGUGGAAAAGAUUAAAGCCGGGUCUUCGCAUUCCAAAUGCAGCGCCAUCCAGGAUUCAGUUUCUGUACUCUUGAAUUAGAAACUGCAUGAAGUCCUCUGAGUGUGCGGCUCUUCCCUCCCACUUCCUACAAUAAAGGUUUCUCGGGACAGCCCUUGAUGCAUUCAGGAGCCGGGCAGGUCCCACUUCCACGGGACUUGUGCAAAGCCCAGGCAGCUAUGGGGCCCAAGGCCCUCUGAACACAGCUGCCCAUGUUCUACUCCCCCACCUGGAGUCAGAGAACUCUGGACUGUCCUCCCCUCCAGCUGUACCCCACCCUCAGCCGGAGGCUUCUCUCGGAACACCCGGAGCUCUGAAAGACCACACAGAGGCUAGGGCAGUUUGGAAGCCAGUUGAAUUUCUGAUGGGAGUUUCCUUACAACAGGGUGGCUGGGCAGGGGUAGCCAGACCCUCCCCAUGUUGCCCCGGGUUCUGGGGUAGGAGCAGAAACAAAGUUUUAAGGCUGAGGUUGCUGCUAUGUCCUGGAUGCAACAACCUGGAAAAUCAAGUUAAUCAAGAAAACAAAAAUCCCUCUAAACUCAUACUGUACUCAAAAAAAAAAAAAAAAAAAAAA